AUGACAGAGCCAGCUAUCCUCAGAUUGCUCGCGGAUUUCUUCCAGCACACCUCUGAGGGAUCCGUACACUAUGCCGACCUGGCUCACAACCACACGGGCAUAAAGGUUCCAGACGUGGUGGUGUCGGGCCUCAGCAACGUGACGCACCACGCGCUCCACCACGGCUCGCGCAUCGCGGGCGUUGCAGGUGACCUGGCAAGGCACAUUUCGAACGCCACGUCUAAGCACCUCGCGAACCUGACGGAGCGCGUCGGAAACAUCGAGGUCGAUGAUUUGGUGGACGGCGCCGCCAAUGUCGGAGGACACCUCGCAAACGCUGGGGCCAGUGCACUGCAUCAUGGUUCGCGCGCCGUCGACCAGGCCGUCAGUGCUGAGAGGAAACCGCGGCGCUUGGAGUCGCCGACGAGCUCGCGAGCAUCUCUCUCGAAGAGCAGCUUGGAGGAGGAGCUGGAGUGCAACCCGGACAUAGAUGGCAUCAUUGCGACUUGCGAGGACCUUCCUCUUGGAAGUCCUGGCAGGCCUCGAUGCACAUGGAGAGGUACGACUUCCCGUUCGCGUGUUUCCUCACCUUGUGGGUCGUGA